UAUUCUGCUGAGCUGUUGGCAGUGGUCCGUCUGCCCUUCAUCCAUCCCAGUUAUCUGCUAAACGUCGUUGACAAUGAGGAAUUGAUAAAAUCUUCAGAGGCCUGCCGGGAUCUGGUGAACGAAGCAAAACGUUAUCACAUGUUGCCACACGCCAGGCAAGAGAUGCAAACUCCAAGAACCCGGCCCAGGUUAUCAGCAGGUGUAGCAGAAGUCAUAGUCCUAGUCGGAGGACGUCAGAUGAUUGGAAUGAAUCAACGGGCUUUGACGGCAGUCACAUGCUUCAAUCCUCAGAACAAUAAGUGGUACCCACUAGCCACCCUGCCCUUCUAUGAUCGGGAGUUCUUUAGUGUGGUGAGCGCUGGAGACAAUGUUUACCUCUCAGGUGGUAUGGAAGCUGGAGUCACACUGGCUGAUGUCUGGUGCUACAUGUCGCUCCUUGAUAACUGGAAUCUCGUUUCCCGAAUGACAGUGCCACGAUGUCGACACAACAGUUUGGUUUACGAUGGCAAAAUAUAUACCAUAGGAGGCCUUGGUGUAGCGGGCAAUGUUGAUCAUGUGGAGAGGUAUGACACCAUCACCAAUCAGUGGGAGACAGUGGCUCCUUUGCCAAAGGCGGUGCAUUCUGCAGCUGCAACUGUUUGUGGUGGAAAGAUCUAUGUUUUUGGAGGCGUGAAUGAAGCUGGUCGAGCUGCUGGAGUCCUGCAGUCAUAUAUUCCACAGACGAAUGCAUGGAGUUUUAUAGAGUCGCCAAUGAUAGAUAACAAAUACGCUCCUGCGGUCACUCUCAAUGGUUUCAUCUUCAUCCUCGGAGGAGCUUACGCACGAGCAACCACCAUCUACGACCCAGAAAAAGGCAAUAUUAAAGCAGGCCCCAACAUGAACCACUCCAGGCAGUUUUGCAGCGCUGUGGUUCUUGAUGGAAAAAUUUACGCCACUGGUGGAAUUGUCAGCAGCGAAGGCCCCGCUCUAGGAAAUAUGGAAGCUUACGACCCCAACACCAACACAUGGACGCUGCUUCCCAAUAUGCCAUGUCCGGUGUUCCGGCACGGCUGCGUAGUCAUUAAAAAGUACAUUCAGAGCAGUUGACUCCAUCGGAAACUUGGCUUCUGCCUGCUGAAAGCAAGCCGAGCGAACGAUCCUGCAGAGAGAAAAUGGGGGAUACAACAAAAGAACAUCUUGUCUAAAGUUAUGACUAAUCUCUACACUGAAUGUAGAAAAUCAUCCUCACUUUUUGAUGAACAGUGAGCAGAGACAGCAUACGGUGGACAAGAACAAGAUUUAACACACGUGCGCCACUAGGUGUCACCGUGGUAUUGGCUACAGACACGGGCUUUUGGUCCAGCCAGCUGCAAUAGCGUUGUUGUUUCAAAGAGGGGAAUGAAAUGAACUGUGUGUGUUCUACUAUGCUGAGAGCAAAUUCAGUUGUUGAAGUUACUGUGCCGAUUUGGCUUUGCUGCUACAUAUUACGCAUUGGGGGGAACUACAUGAAAUGAAGGGCAAAGUGUCCUUAUCACUUUGAUGGCUACCUUUUUGUUUUUAAACCAACGUAUGCUUUUCAAACAGUGAUCAAGAUCCCUCGCCGAACACACCGACUGAGGUCAGUCUUCCAUCAAAGCCAAUGUUUAUUACAGCCCCAGAGAGCAAAGCUAACAAAGCAUAGAGGUGUGCCUGUCCGUCUCCUAGCAUUCCACGUCCUUUGAAUGAAAAGGUUUUCUGAAACUGUACCCCAAUGUCAAAGGUCUGGUCACGGGAGGGCUCUGCUUCUGCCCUA